AGAAAGAGAUGCAGUUCCUAACACUCAUUCUUGGGUUGUGCCUUGUCACAGGUGCACUAGCUGCUCAUAGUCACGGAGCCACUCUGCCCCAUGACAGUCCAGAGGCUCGGCAGCUUUUCCUAAUGGCUGAUAUAGAUCACGACUACAUGCUCUCAACAUCAGAACUGCACAGCGUCUUUCUCGAAUUCGACAUGAACAACGACACUCUUGUGACCGCCGACGAGUUCCUGACAGAUUGGAUGGCCCGGAAGUUGGGCGACUCAAUAGAAGCCGUGGUACUGUUCCAUCACCUUGAUGUGGACCGGGAUGGCGUCAUCCACGAAGACACUGAUCUACCCUGGAUCAUUCAUUUCUUCGACCGCGAUCAUAGCGGUACAAUCUCACAAGCCGAGUUUGUGGUCCAAUGGAUCAAAAUCAUGAUGACUACUCCUUCAUAA